GUCACCAGUGGAAGAGCUGGCAAAGACGGAAAGGAGGGAUAGAUAGACAGGAGACACAGACAGAGACAGGGAGACAGACACGGAAAAACAGGGAGACACCCUUAGAGACAGCUUUGAAUCAUAUCUGGGAUUCUGUUAGCUUCGAGGCGCCACUUUAAUGGCUGACAGCAGCAGAACAACUGGACAAGCUCUGUGACUGGCCUUUUUUUCUUCUCUCACAACGAGGGGGUCAACACAGCCGCAUUGAUCCCAUCAUCCCAGGCUUCAUGGAUCACCUCACUGUCUUUAUCUAAAGAGAUCACAUUGUUGAUUGCUACUUCAUAACAAGGCCCAUGGAUUACAGAGGUUGUUGGAAAGGCCUUAAUCACAGCUUUGUCAAUACUGUGACGCAGCCUGAGUAAAGAGGAGCUUUUGUUGUUUUUUUUGUUUUUUUUUCUGUUUUUACAUGUCAGUUUGAGAGGGACUUUCAUCGGUUACAUGUUUUUUUGAUUGGCUGCUUUUUUUCACCCAUACGUUCUUGCAUACAGUACCUAGCUCUCCUUCUGUCACCAUGUAUGGUAGCUCCCGUUCUGUCACCAAGCUGGACGUUGUCGGAUCCAACGGUAAUGUCUCCGUGUCUGGGAGUCCCAGUCGCUCGCCGCGCCUCCCUCACUCCCCUCGCUUGGGACACCGGCGGAACAACAGCAGCAGCUCCGGUGGAGGACUCACAGGCACGGGCAAAACUCUGUCCAUGGAGAAUAUUCAGUCUCUGAAUGCUGCCUACGCCACUGGGGGUCCCAUGUACUUCACCGACACAGCUGAAGACCAGGUCGGGAGCAUGGGCAGCGGGCUGAAUCCGAGCACGCCCAAAACCACCAUGACCCUUGGCAGAGCUGGAGCUAGGGUGCCCUAUGGGGUGAGGGCAGCAGUGAUGGGGAGCAGCCCGAAUAUAAACACAGGAGGUGGAACAGGGAGCACUGGGGCCAUCAUGCCCACUGAUGCCAUAGCUUUCGGAGGGGAGCUGCAUAACCAGCCUCCAUCAGCAGCUACUGUUCCUCACUCCAUGCGACAGGUCAGAGAUGGGGCAAUGUCCGACCUGCAAACGCAGUUAAGAGAAGUGCUUCGAGAAAACGAACUGCUGCGCAGAGAGCUGGAGGCCAAAGAGUCCAAGCUGAGCUCCUCCAUGAACUCCAUAAAGACGUUUUGGAGUCCAGAGCUGAAGAAAGAAAGAGCAGUGAGGAAAGAUGAAGCCACAAAGAUGGCCGUGUGGAAGGAACAAUACAGGGUGGUGCAGGAGGAGACGCAGCAUCUUCAGUGCACCAUCCAGGCCUUACAAGAUGAGCUCAGGAUCCAGCGUGAUCUCAAUAUGCUCUUCCAGUCCGAUUACUCAGAGUCCGGUCGACUUGGAACCCAUCCCAUUCCCCCUCAGGAGAUGACCGAGGAGAACUUCCUUCGUCUCCACAGCGAGUUCGAGCGGCAGGCCAAGGAGCUCUUCCUCCUGAGGAAGACGGUGGAAGAAAUGGAGUUAAGGAUAGACACGCAGAAACACACUUUGACCGCCAGGGAUGAGUCGAUAAAGAAGUUGCUGGAGAUGUUGCAGAGUAAAGGUCUGUCGUCGCGGGCGGCAGAGGAGGACCAUGAGCGAACGAGGCAACUAGCUGACGCAGAGAUGACCAUCCACCAACUGGAGGGGCUACUGGAGCAAAAAGACAAGGAGAUGCUUCAGCUCAGAGAGGAGCUUCACAGGAGAUACGAAGCAGCUCCGGAAUCAACAAAGACCAAGGCCCUGCAGACUGUUAUAGAAAUGAAGGAGGCAAAGAUCAGUUCUAUGGAGCGCGGCAUGAGAGAACUGGAGGAGGAGGUGAUGAUGCUCAAGUGCAACGGAGCUCUGAGCAGCGAGGAGAGGGAGGAGGAGAUGAAACAGAUGGAGGUGUACAGAUCCCACUCCAAGUUUAUGAAGAACAAGGUUGAACAGCUGAAGGAAGAGCUAACUCACAGCCAAUCAGAGAAGGAAGAGCUAAGGCAACGAGCCAAUGAGCUUCAGCAGGAGGUGUCUGCAAUGGAGCAGGCAAAGCAGGAGCUGAGCCGUAAAGACAGCGAGCUGUUAGCUCUCAGGACCAAACUGGAGACUCUAAACAAUCAGUUUUCUGACAGCAAACAACACGUGGACGUACUCAAAGAGUCACUCACUGCCAAGGAACAGAGAGCUGCCAUACUACAGACUGAGGUGGAUGCCUUGCGUCUUCGUCUGGAAGAGAAGGAGUCUCUCCUCUCGAAAAAAAGUCAGCAGAUGUCAGAGCUGACGGAGGAGAAAAGCACUCAGCAAGGAGAGAUCAGUGAUCUCAAAGACAUGCUGGAUGUUAAGGAGCGCAAAGUUAAUGUGAUACAGAAAAAGAUAGAGAACCUCCAGGAUCAGCUGCGGGAUAAGGAGAAACAGCUGAGCGGUCUGAAAGACAGAGUCAAGUCUUUGCAGACGGACACGUCAAACACAGACACCGCACUGGGAACGCUGGAGGAAGCUCUGGCUGAGAAGGAGCGGAUUAUUGAGCGGCUGAAGGAGCAGCGAGAAAAGGAAGAGAGAGAAAAGGGAGAUGAGAUGGAGACCAGUAAGAAAGAGCUGAAAGAGUUGAGAGAAAAAGUCUCUCAGUUGCAGGCUGAGCUGGCUGACCGCGAGACCUCAGUAUUGGAUCUGAAAGAGAAGGCCUCGUCGCUUGCAUCCUCAACACUAAAGAAGGAAAACAGGCUGAAAAGUCUAGAAAUCAACCUGGAACAGAAGAAGGAAGAGUGCAUCAAACUGGAGAACCAGCUCAAAAAGGCUCAAAGUGCAGCGGCAGAGUCCCAGGCCAACGCUGAACUGACUGAACGUAUCUCGUCCCUGGAGCAGGAAGUGACCCGGUGCAGAGAGGAGGCUGGGAAGGCGCAGUCUGAGGUGGAACGACUUCUGGAAAUCCUUAGGGAGAUGGAGAAUGAAAAGAACGACAAGGAGAAAAAGAUCCAUGAAUUGGAGAGAAGCCCUUCAGCUUCUCAUCUGUGGCGUUCGCAGCAGUCGCAAAAACAGGCCCCUCCCCCAGCUGCCUCUCAGCAGCCAAUGGGGGGGCUGGUGUGGGACUACCUGGGCACUCUUGCCUCAAGGCAAAUGAAGGACCAGUCGAAGAAGGUGGCCAACCUCAAACACAAGGAGCAGCUGGAGAAGAACAGAAAUGCCCAGCUGAUGGAGGAGGCCAAGAAGAGGGAGGACAAUCUCAACGAAAGUUCUCAGCAAAUAAAGGACUCCCUCCGUCAGAAGGAGGAGCGCAUUGAGGAGCUGGAGGAGGCGCUGCGGGAAAGCGUUCAGAUCACAGCAGAGAGAGAGGUGGUGUUGGCCCAGGAGGAGCAGGCGCGCUCGCAUGCCGAGAAACAGGUGGAGGACCUACUGGUUGCCAUGGAAAAGGUGAAACAGGAACUGGAGGUGAUGAAAGCCAAGCUGUCAUCAACUCAACUCUCAUUGGCUGAGAAGGAAGGUCACCUGACUGCCCUGCGAGCCGAGAGGCGGAAGCACCUGGAGGAGGUCCUUGAAAUGAAGCAAGAAGCUCUGCUUGCUGCCAUAAGCGAGAAGGAUGCCAACAUCGCCCUGCUGGAGCUCUCCUCAUCCAAGAAGAAGAAAACCCAGGAAGAGGUGGCAGCCCUGAAGAGAGAGAAGGAUAGCCUGGUCCAGCAGCUCAAACAGCAGACACAGAACAGGAUGAAGCUGAUGGCGGACAACUAUGAGGACGACCAUCUGAAGGUGGCAUCUCCAAACUCUGACCAGCCCAACAAUCACAAGCCCUCUCCAGAUCAGAUUCUCUCUCCUCUCCUGGACCUCAAUCAGAAUUGCAAUAAACUGAAGCUGUACAUAAGUCACCUGACCUCACUGUGUCAGGAGCGAGACCCAAUCAUAUUGAAGGACUUCGCCCCGCCCCCGGCUUAUCACCGCUCUGACUCCGCCUCCUGGCACGAGCAGCUGCACAGCAUGACAGAGGAGCAGUUGGAGGCGGAGUUAGCAUUGUGUGAGAGGGAGGGGGCGGAGCUCCAGGAGUACGCCAACCAGGUCCUGCAGCAGAUCGCCGACCGGUGCCCGGACAUUUUGGAACAAGUCGUCAACGCCUUGGAGGACAGCUGCUGACUGACCUUUGCACACACCCUCUCACAGACUCACUGAAACAUUCACACUCAUUUGCAUGCAAAACUCAAACACGUUACAUUGAGCCUACACGCACACAAACACACAAAAAAAAUCACAUAUCUCCUGCAGGCUGCCACAAUCCUCCUGAAACAGAAAGAAAAUUAGUGUUGGUGAUGUUCUCUGUGCUUUAGUUGUUCUAAUUUAAGAGGAAGGUUGGUAUACAUUGUUACAGAAAAACACAUUUCCAUGGCAACAAAGUGCACCAUCUGAAGGAAAUAGUGUUCCUUGGUCAGUUUAAAGUGCUUUACUGGCAGAUUAAAUUAAAAUAGAUCUAUUUUUCUAACUCUUAUUAGAAAGAAAGCACUUCAGCUGUACUGACCAUCUUUUAAACUAACCAUCUUUAAGGUCCCCGAAGGCUGCGGUUCCACUCUGGGAAAAUGUUUUCAACCUAAGACAGAAGCGUAAAACAAUUAUUUGGGCUUGCCAGGCUGUUUCUGAUGCUAGACUUGCACGUUGUUGCCACAUUUUUAAUUAGUUGUAGUGUGUUUAUUUCAGCUGCCUUUUGCUCUUUGCAUCAUUUGCUGCUAUCUUUUUUAACUUUUAGUCAGUUUUUGUUCCUUUCCCUGCAGGUGUUUGAUAAGAAUUCACUAAACUCUUCGGUACCUUCCACAUUUAUAGGCACCCCUGGUAAGAAAUAGUAAAAAGAUUAAAAAUAAAUUAAUCUUUCUUUGCAGUAAUAUAAUUAUUUGUAGCUAUACUGUUAAUAGUUUAUACAGAUAGAUUUUGCUUAUUGGACAGCAUUCUAAUAUUAAAUGUCACAAGGUUGGAGCGGAGAGAGGGAUCUUGGACCUUACCUUUUUGCACAAACUUUUUCUAGAUCAUCCACCGAUCCUCUCUCAUACUCUCUUCUCUGCAGCUCACCCAACAAGUUUGCUAUGACAUUUAGGUUUGGAGAUUGAGAUGGUUAUGGAAGAAGGUUUAUUUUGCCAAAUGUUUUGCGUCAUUAUCCCAUUAAAAAAAAAAAACAUUAAGGCAACUUUUUGUCAUUUUCUAGCAAAGGUCCUGCAAAUUUCAAUUUAAAAUGUUGUGGUGUUUCCAAGCGUUCAUGAUGCCAUGCUGUCUAACAAGCAUCCCAGGGCCUUCUGAAGGAAAACAGGCCCCGACAUCACAGGUCCUUCACAUAUUAAUCAUCCAUUUCAUGCCAAACCGAUCUGAAGUGAUCACUAAUGUAGAGCUUAGUCUCAAGCAUCUUUAACUAAACAGAACCCAAUGAAGACAAGACCCCCUCUAAGCUGCCUCUAACCUUUCAUAAAUCACAAAUCAAGCCGGCAAAGCCUACCAAUCCAUGAGCUUUCAAAAAGCAGGCCAGCGUUUCAGAACCAAAGUAGGCUUGAGGUGGAACUCAGCAUACUCUGUAUAGAACACUCUGCCUAAAACGAGUGAGGGAUUUCUCUCAUUCUCAAUUCUCAGUCUGGCAUUAUUUUCUUCUUUUAACUAGAAAAUGGGCAGAAAAGGUCAUGGGAGUAAGGGCUUUUACUCAUUUUAUCAGAAGACUUGGAAAGUCCAGCAUCUGGCAGUAUUUUAUAAUAGACUAUAUACUUUAUUAAAACUGAACUGACAAAAAAAGAAAAACUAAAUUUGAUUUUAGAGCUUUAGUUAACAUUCAACGUUUCAAAUAAACACAGGGUAACGGAUUUGUAACAUAAAUUUAAAAUUUGAUCUAAAUAAAACAUAUGUAUAACAAGACGCGAUUAGAGAUUUUUUGUCAAAAGAUUUUUUUCUUAGUUUCAUCUGACAUAUGGUGCCUGUUAGAGUCCAAUAAGCAUUUAACAGAGAGUACUCAUUUAUAUUUGUGAUGGUAGAAAGAAAAGGCUUUUUCCCGGCAUGUCUCUCCCAGACAAGACUAAUCUAACUGGUGUUAUGGAGACUUGGUGCCUCCCAAGAUGCCACUCUUUAAUGCAGUUAUUUAACAGUGAGCUUUGGUUUUUGUUUUUUUUUCCUCCUUUACCAUCCUUCUCACUGUUAAAAUGACAGAAUAAACGUGGCUCAAGGUUUCAGUCAAUUUGUUUAAAUUAAACGUUUUAACCUACUCACAGCAAAUAUAGGCAAGCUUAAGCAAGUAGCUUUUUCUUGUAUCCGUUCCAUUUUAAAAAGUAAAAUCUAAACAAAAUAUGUUUGCUGCAUUUAUUUUCUAGGUAAUGUUAAUAUUUAUUUGCAUGUUUUUUUUCUCUGUUUAAUACAUGUUCUAAAAAUAGUAUUUUCCUAUCAUUUUAAUGUGAAAUUAUGCUGCUUGAAUAAAAGAUUAAUGUAUUUUAUGACUUUUUACCCACCUUUACCAGGGGUGCAAACAGAUGUGGAAGGUGCUCCAGUUUUUGUGAACUUCAAUUUCCAUAUGGUUGUGUACUUUGUAAAGGAGUAUGUUUAAUUAAUAUCACGACAUCUUAGUUUCUCAUUUGUCAUUGCUCAUGAUGAAAAACCCAAAACAACAACAAAUCUCGCAAAAGAACCUUUACUCAAACACACAGAUGUACUGUAGAUAUAGAUCGCUUAUAAACAUCUGGGAAACAGCAUCUUUGUCGUCCAGACUGAAAUCAGGUUCAAAUAAUCCCUCAAAACAUCUUCCUCAAGACUGUCCCUUUAGAGUUAAUAACAGAUUAACUCUGAACUAACUAAAGCAUCAUUGUUUCUUUCUGAGAAUAAAGAAGAUUGUUAUAUACAUAUAUAUAUGUGUAUAUAUAGAGAGAUUUUUUUUUCUUGUUUCUUUUGAAAGUAUUCAUAUAAGUAUUAUCAUAUCUUGUUUGAUCUGCUUCAUAAUGUGUCAAAAUCCAUUUUCGUUUGUCAGUUUGUGAAUAAUUGGUUUGUAUGGAUGUGUGUUGCAUGUUCGUUAGGCUUUGUUUCCACCAGGAAGACUUGCUCAAAGUCAUCUUCUUGUUUUUGUUGAGUUCAGCGCCGACAGUAUUAGCAUGAUCCAGAGGUUCAAAUUAUUUCAAAUGCACACUGAUUUUUUUUAUUUUUAAUCAUCUGUGUGAGUUUUGAGGAUGUACAGUUAUCUGUCUUCAGGUUGUCUCUCAAAAAGACACCUGGUUGGACACAAGGCCUGAAGAUUUACGCUACGUUCUCAAAUCUAACUGCUUUUAAAGUUAUAAAAGUUGUGAUUUUUGGCCUCUGAUCUGCUUUUAUGCACAAAUGAAAGCCACUGGCUUCCUAAAUGAAAAUUGUCUUGAUCCCACAGAGUUUAUGGAUGGUUUAAAAACCUGUGUGUGUCUUAUUUAAGGAAGAGACUCAGUCAGAUUUAAGGUUGUGUGGUAAAUUCAUUCCUAUGUUUUCUGUUUCUUUAUUGACUGUUACUGCGACUCACUCUGAACUUGUUGUGGAUGUAAAAUCAGGAUGUGAGAGAAUGAAAUAAAUGAAUGCUUUAUCUUCA